UCGCGGAAAACCUCUUGGCUUUUGACCGUUUUAUUAUAUUUUGCCUGUAACGAGCUCUCCAAGACAAUAUAUGUAUUGUGGGAUGUGGCGCUGAUUUAGACCGACGCGCGUGAAAAACGCAGUGCGCAUGCGUGCCUUCCCUGCUUCCGGCGCGAAUUUGCAUGUGCCUCCCCCAAUCGAAAUUAUAUGCGAUACCAAAACAAACUAGAUUCCGGCCGCGAAAUUCAAAAAAGUAAGCUCCACACACAAAAGAUAAGCUUAGAAUUUCACGAACACAAAGUUUAUUAAUUGCUUUAGUUUCUCUCUUUUGCACCACAUACUUUCCUCCUUGCACCAAAGGAGAAAAUCAUGUUUGAAAGUCCACGCUCGCUCUGGCAGCACUUCGCCGUAGCCAUUGUUGCUGUUUUGGUCAUCAUGUCGCUGAGCUCGGUCAAUGCGAACAACGAAAACGAGCAAUGCAUGCUAGGUGGAAAAACAAGGACGCAAAAACCUUGUACUGGACGACUUUACCAGUUAGUUAAGUUAGUUUAAGUAAUUUUUUGUUGUGCUUAAUACUAGAACCGGCUGCAAACCAUUAAACAUAUCAAACAUUCCUAAGUGUUUUUCAAUUUAAAUGGGGAAGAUUUUGCAAAUUUUAAUUAUUGAAAAUAGAGACCUUGCGCAUGCGCAGACGUUUUGCACGCGUGUCAUUUAGACCUGUGUGUCGUGUGCCCUGGCCAUCAAUUUCACCUUUAAUGAAACUGAAAUUUUUGCCGCAUGUUGUCAUGGUAACAUUAUGUCAUUUUUGUCUUAUGAAAUUACUCAACAAAUUUCGGCAAAUAGUGUCUGAAAAUACUAAUGACCAGAUACUGAGGAGUUUUGGUUCUGGCUCAAAAUUGUUCAGUUUCUACUGAUCUGUCAUAAGCAUUUUGAGGUUGCCUUCCCUCCCUGUACAUCAGAAGUUAGAAUGUUUUUAAACAGACCCAUUUGCGGCCAUCCAGAGCCCCCCAGAGAGCUUGCGCGCAUGCUAACUUAAAUGUAAUCGUGUGGACAUAGACUGGGUAAAAAAAGUGUGGGGGCCGGUUUAAUCUGUGUCCGUUUGCAACCGUUAACGUUUUACGUCACGUGUGACAAAGCCUAAGUUACAUUUUUCCUCGCGAUAGGAUGAAGUCUGGAAAGACUCUGAAGGGGGACAGCGUUUCCUUCGAGUUGAUAUCGAUGGUUUCAAGACGAGAUUUAAGCUGUCAGAACAAGACUGGGACGUAAUGGAGAUCACCCAUUUCCCAGGUGGAGGUCGUUUGUUAGGUGGUGCCUGGACUACGAUUUUUAAACGUGGUUUACAUGAAAGCAAUCCCUGGUGCAACUUGCGCCUAAAGAAUAAUCACGUUCGAAAGGAAAACUCUCGAAAGAUGAUCUCAGCGCCGUUCUUCAGAGGAUCUGGGAACUGCAAGCGUCGCGAAUGCGACAUGAAAUUUAAGAUGGUCAUCGAGGAAGAGAGGGGAAAAUACGUGGAAGUGACGUAUACAGGAAAUGUCUGCCACAACUACAAAUCGUACCCCGCGAAAGGGUGACUGAAAAAUAGCUGCCAAAGACCUGAAAACGGUCUCGGCAUCAUGCUCACUCGGUUAGUAGAGGCCCCUCGGGAUAUGUUAGCUUUGUGAACUUGAAUCCUAGUGCAAGGAGAAGACCUUUGACUUCAGUCUUUAGUAUCCUGAGAAUCUAGACAAGUUCACGUUAUUGAAGAAUCGGAGAGAAAGUAGAACGAUAGUGAAGUUUGAAUGUACCUGAUAUAUACUUCUAUAGCCAAAGCGGUUAAAAAAGUAAUUUUUUGAACUAGAAGACCGAGUACGGACUCAGUACAAAGGACCGGGAGGUUAGCAAUUCUAAUUUUUCUACUAGUAGCCUAUUUUUCUCUUGAUCUUAGUGUCCAAAUCAAUGUUUGCUCAGUUUCCAUGCCAAUGACAAAAGCAAUGACAAUGACACUAACUGGGAGAGAAGAAGAGGAUCAAAGCUCAUAUUAUAUAAAACUAAAAUUAGCCAGC